CACACCAGUCUUCAGGAGCAUCUGCUGCAGUGGGUGACCAUGUUUCGUCUGUGUUUCCCACUCUUCCUGUGUUUGGUUUGGCUUGGACUGUUCUGUCACUCAGAGGCCAUGGAAAACCAAGCUGAAUCAAGGGAAAAAAGGAGUGUGCCUAACUGGGCGCUGACAUCAUCAGACUUUUUCGCCUGGAUUGAAGAGCUGCGUUCUCACGCUGGCUAUGACAAGAUCGAGGAAUUGGCCAGAACCUUCUGGGCUCACUUCCCUUCCGCCAGCCGCCUGGGUUAUGACCCUCCCGCUCCAGAAGAAUAAUGCCAACUGAGUUUGAGUCUGUGUUUUGGAUACCAUUUGCCCUUUCGUUAUGGCUCAUCUCUUGGAAAAGGAGACAAACAGUCUUUAUUAUUUAGCGUAACUUGAUUUGAGCCAGGGCAAGAUACCCAGAGAAAAGUUCAUUGUAUUUUUUUUUUGUUUAAAAGUUACAUAAAACCCCUUAUGUAAUGGCAUCCAAAAUCCAGUAAAAGUAUCUUGCUCACAAACUCUUUUAUUGACAAAAUACUUGCUGCUCCUGAUUCUUCUUUAAAAUAAAUGCACAUUCUGGAUUUGUAUUUGCUAUAAAACAAAUAAUAUACAGUAUAUCAAUAUAAAUGUAUGCUACACACAGGUAUGGUAGAUGGCCAUAUAACUAUUGUUGAGCAGCACGCAGGUGUGCUGUUAUCAGUGGGAAUGCAGUCCAGGUGCACAGAGAUGACCUCUGAAUGAGGGUCAUCCCCCUCGGGACAAGUACAGUACAUGCAGGAACACGGUUUGACUGUAACAAAAUCACUCCAGUAUAACAUCACGUGUAAACUUUUCGAAAAUACAAAGAAAUAUAAACACAUAUCAUAAAA